GACUGAAAGGACUGGGAAAUUGGGAGUUGCUGUUUAAUGGGUACAGACUUUCUAUUUGGAAAGAUUAAGAGUUCUAGAUGUGGAUGUGGUGGCAGCUACACAACAUUGUGAAUGGACUUAAAGGCAGGGAAUUAAUACAUUGAAAAAGAAUACAUUUCAUGUUAUAUAUAUUUUAUCACAAUUUUAAAACAUAAAAAAAAAUUAAAAAAAAAAUCACAUUGGUUGCAGGGUAGAGAAGGAAUUGAAGUAGCUGUUGGAACUGGUUCUGAGAUUCUCACAGCAAUCCAGGAAUGAGGUGAUGGUGACUUGAACUAGGAUGUUUCUGGAGCAAAUUCAGUUUGCCUUCCGGAUUUAUAAAUUGUAAUGACCUCAAAGCUUUAACAGUUCUUCCAUCUGACUCAGAUUUCCUUCUCUGGCGGUCUUCAGAAUUGACAUCCACACUUCUGUGAUUAUCUGCUUGCAUUUUGGACACAGCUUCUAACCAGGAUACUGGAAGAAAUGGCUGGUCAUCUUGUACCAGGUUUCUACAUGGAGGAACUUAAUAAAUACCGUCAGAAGCAGGGAAUAUCAUUGAGCUAUCAAGAACUGCCUAAUACAGGACCUCCACAUGAUAGGAGGUUUACAUUUCAAGUUGUAACAGAUAGAAGAACAUUUCCAGAAGCUGAAGGUAGAUCAAAGAAGGAAGCAAAAAAUGCUGCAGCCAAAUUAGCUGUUGAUAUACUUAAUAAGGAAAGCGAGGCAGUUAGUCCUUUUUCAUUGACAACAACCAGUUCUUCGGAAGGAUUAUCCAUUGGGAAUUACAUAGGCGUUGUCAAUAGAAUUGCCCAGAAGAAAAGACUAACUGUAAAUUAUGAACAAUGUACAUCGGGGGUGCAUGGGCCAGAAGGAUUUCAUUAUAAAUGCAAAAUUGGAGACAAAGAAUAUGGUAUUGGUACAGGUUCUAGUAAACAGGAAGCAAAACAGUUGGCCGCUAAACUUGCAUUGCUUGAGAUAUCAGAAGAAACCUCAGUGAAACCUGACUCCAUGUCCUCUGGUUCUUUUGCUGCUACGUGUGACUCCCAAAGCAACCCUUUAGUGAACAACUCACUUGCUUCUGAAUCAUCAGCUGAAAGUGACGUCUCAGCAGAUACAUCAGAGAUAAAUUCUAAAAGUGGCAGUUUACACAUUUCUUCAUUGUUUACGAAUGGUCUCAGAAAUAACCAAAGGAAGGCAAAAAGAUCUUUGGCACCUACAUUUGACCCUCCUGACAUGAAAGGACCAAAGUAUACUGAGGAUGCAAGGUUUAGCACGGAUUUUAAAGAAAUAGAAUUCAUUAGCGUGGGUGGAUUUGGCCAAGUUUUCAAAGCAAAACACAGAAUUGACGGAAAGACUUACGUUAUUAAACGUGUUAAAUAUAAUAGCAAGAAGGCAGAGCGUGAAGUAAAAGCAUUGGCAAAACUUGAUCAUGUAAAUAUUGUUCACUACAAUGGCUGUUGGGAUGGACUUGAUUAUGAUCCUGAGAUCAGUGCUUAUGAGCCUGAGAGCACUGAUUUUGAUCCUGAGAACCAAAAAAAUAGUUUAAGGAAUUUUAUACCCAGAUCAAAGACUAAGUGCCUUUUCAUCCAAAUGGAAUUCUGUGAAGACGGGACAUUGGAGGACUGGCUUGAUCGUAGAAAAGGCAAGGAACUAGACAAAGUUUUGGCUUUGGAACUCUUUGAACAAAUAACAAAAGGGUUGGAUUAUAUACAUUCAAAAAAUAUAAUUCAUAGAGAUCUUAAGCCAAGUAAUAUAUUCUUAGUAGAUACAAAACAAAUAAAGAUUGGAGACUUCGGACUUGCAACAUCUCUGAAAAAUGAUGUAAAGCGAACAAGCAAUACGGGAACUUUGCGAUACAUGAGCCCAGAACAGAUUUCUUCGCAAGACUAUGGAAAGGAAGUGGACCUCUACGCUUUGGGGCUAAUUCUUGCUGAACUUCUUUAUGUAUGUGACACUGCUUCCGAAACAUUACAGCUUUUUCAAGACCUACGGGGUGGCACCAUCUCAGAUGUGUAUGAUAAAAGAGAAAAAACUCUUCUAAAGAAAUUACUCUCAAAGAAACCUGAGGACCGACCUAACACAUCUGAAAUACUAAGCACCUUGACUACGUGGAAGAAAAGCCCAGAGAAAAAACGACAUACAUAUUAGAGCCCUUCUGAAAAAGUAUCCUGCUUCUGAUAUGCAAUUUUCCUUAGAUUAUCUAAAAUCUGCUAGGGAAUAUCAAUAGAUAUUUACCUUUUAAUGUUUCCUUUAAUUUUUUUACUAUUUUUACUAAUCUUUCUGCAGAAACAGAAAGGUUUUCUUCUUUUUGCUUCAAAAAUAUUCUUACAUUUUACUUUUUCCUGGCUCAUCUCUUCAUUCUUUUUUUUUUUUUUUUAAAGACAGAGUCUCGCUCUGUUGCCCAGGCUGGAAUGCAAUGAUCCAAUCUCGGCUCACUGCAACUUCUGC